CCUGGGCCGAGAAUCGCGAGGCAGGCGCGAGGAUGCCAGCAGACUCGGGGCAGGAUGCGGACCGCGCGUGUCCCCACGGCAUGCAGCUCACCUGGGACAUUAAUGAUCCGCAUAUGCCUCAGGAGCCAGUCCACUUCGACCACUUCCGAGAGUGGCCCGACGGCUACGUGCGCUUCAUCUACCGCUGCGAUGAGAAGAAGGCGCAACGCCACCAGAGCGGCUGGGCCAUGCGCAACACCAACAACCACAAUGGCAAUAUCCUCAAGAAGUCGUGCCUGGGCGUGGUCGUGUGCACACAGGCCUGCAUGCUGCCUGACGGCUCCCAGCUGCAGCUGCGACCUGCCAUCUGUGACAAGGCGCGGCUAAAACAGCAGAAGAAACCAUGCCCCAACUGUCACUCCCCUUUGGAGCUGGUUCCUUGUCGCGGGCACAGCGGAUACCCUGUGACCAAUUUCUGGCGACUUGAUGGCCACGCCAUAUUUUUUCAGGCCAAGGGGGUCCAUGAUCACCCAAGACCAGAGAGUAAGUCAGAGACGGAAGCUAGAAGAAGUGCCAUCAAAAGACACAUGGCUGCUUUCUACCCACCCCAGAAAAAGAGAAUUCGAGAACCAGAGGCAAAAGUGAAUCAAGACAGCAGUGGAAAUUUCAACGAAUUACCACCCCUGGAAAAUCCAGAAUUGCUUGAUACCAGCACUGAGAUCAGCUUUGCUGUUCCAACCCAGUCUUGGCCCGCCUUCUCGAACUGUGAGGCUUACAAAGCCACCUGUGACCUGGCUACCUUCCAAGGAGACAUAAUGCCAUCCUUUCGCAAGUACCCAACCACAAGACUCUAUCUGCCCAGGCCACCUUGCCACUAUGAGUUGGCAGGCCCUGGGUGCACAUACCCAAGCCCGUAUCCUAGUCUGUAUGCAGAUUCCACCUCUGUGUCUAGUAGCACAGACUGGGUCCAUCUGAACACACUUCCCUAUGAUGUCAGUUCCUGCAGCAGCCAUGAGAAAAGCUUUGAUUUCACAGGUCAGCAGCAUGGCUGGAGACCAGCUCCUGGUAGACCUGGCUCGCGGGAGAGGACUGACCAUGGAGAGUUCCAGGCUGUGGCCACCAGACCCUAUUAUGACCCAGAGCUUCCUUGCAGGCACCUCCCAUCCUCCCCAGUGAACGCUCCAGCCCUGCAAACAGUAAUCACCACCACCACCAAAGUAUCCUACCAGGCCUUCCAGCCCCCAGCUUGGCCCUACAGUGACCAUGUGCUGGAGCAGGGGAGCCUUUCCAGCUGCAACUCUGUUUCUGAAAAUGCCCUCCAGCCAGUCUAUCCUGAACCCUUGAAUCCUGUAGCCAGUACCACCCAGGCAGCCUCACCCGCAGGGAUCUUUGGCUUGAAGCUUACUGAAGAUUGCCAGGCCAUGAGCCCCAUGCUGGAUUUCCCUCCGAAGGAGGCUCGCUCUAGCACAGACAGAGCGGAUGCUUGGGAUGUGUGUCUGUCUGGGCUGGGCUCAGCAAUAAGUUACCCAGAUAGAGUUGUCCCAUUCUUGAGCUAUGACACAGAGGACUUUUGA